AUGACCGAAGCAUCUAACGAACAAGUUACCAUGGCUGAAAAUACUUUGUCGAACAUUCAACAAUUUGAAUUUCCAACAGUAUACCAAGAAUAUUACCAAAUAGAAGUAAUUACCAACGACAAACAAUCAUACUCGAGUGAUGCUGAAUAUUCAACAAUACCACUUUAUCAACUAUUGGAUCAAAUUGUACUGGAUAAAUAUUCAGAUUUUCAUGGCGGAGUUAAAGUAGCCAGUAUACCUGCUCAAGAUUCAGCUCAUUCCAAAUUGGAACCAUGGAGCAACGUAUCAGACGUGUAUGUACAAAAGAAGGAAGCGUCAUUUCUUGGUAGUUUAUUAAAACUAAUUAAGAGUAAAGAAACAGAUGAAGAAGAAGAGGAAGAAGAGGAAAAAUCUGAUCCUACUCCAAAAGAUAUUUUAAUUUCAAGAAUGAAGAAUAUACUUUUUCCUGAAGUGCUCACUUAUCGUUUGGGUUGUGUCAACAAUCGAAUAUAUGUUUUUUUUCAGCCAGACGGAUCAAUUCGUUUCGAUAUAAUGCCACGAUCUGAUUUGGACAAAGUUAUGCAUCAGAUACAAGAAAAACUUUAUAAAGAUUCAAUCAAAACAUUUAUUGAACUAAUCAUAAAAGCAAUUGAUGAGGAUAAUGCAGAUGGUAAAUUUUCCAUGCAUAUGGCAGCACAUUUAUCUGCUGAUGCAUUUGACACGGAACGUGAUGAAUUUUUAGCUAUUGUUACACCAAAUAAUAAGACAAUUAUUAUGAUGGGAUUUUUUUAUAAUCGUUUUUAUGGUUAA